GAGACGUAGUGCGACCCGCCAAAAUCACAGCGCAUUACAUAACUAAUGCUAGCUAAUGAAUAUCGUCUGCUUGCGCUGGAACCGGUCCUCAGAUCCUGUGAACUGCGAACUGAAUUUUACACAUUUUAAGAUCACUGAAGUUAAGAGCGUCGAUCCAGAUCGAUCCUUAUAUUACUACAAUGAGCAAGACCAAGGCGAAGGCGGGCAAUUGGAGGGAAAGGAAGCUUCUGGUAACCAGGAAGACCUAUGUUGUUGGCAAGAAUGAAACUGUGGAUGUUGUUCCACUUAAGGAAUUCUUUAGAGCCACAGAGGAGCGUAAUGAAAACAAAGAGCUUGGUGAAACCUCUGCAGUCAUUGAUGAAGUUGUACAUGACAGGAGAGAUGAAGAUGUAAUGCUGGUAGAGGAGAGUCAGCCUUUGAAUCUUCAUGAACAGAGGAAGGAGAAGGCCAGGAAUGAAUGGAUAGAAGUACAACCAGUGAUGACUUUGGCAUACAUAGCAGGUCAAGCUUCUUUCAUGGGCAUGGAAUGUGCCCUUUGUACACAGGAGGCCACCUUGACCUGCCCGGACUGCGGACCUUUCGCUUUCUUCUGUGAGGAAUGCUCUAAAAAGCUACAUAGUACUCUCUUGCAUAAGCCUAUGGCUAGGAAGGGUCAACUAGUAGAUGAAACAAGAAUACUGAGACAGAGUCAUACCUGCCAGACUUCCUAUGGAAAGACCCUUGAGGUCUUUGAUUCUAAAGGAAGACUUCAUAAUGUGUUGUGCACAUUUUGUAAAUGUGAACCAGAGGCAGCCACCCUGGUUCGUUAUUCCCUGUGGCCCACUCAACUCAAUCCAAGAAAGGCUGUUUCUAUGGAGCUUAUGACAUUUAUCCACUACAUGCAGGUGGAAGCGCAUGUGUCAUUGAAGGCGGCAUGUCAAGUUAUAGGCUUUCAAAACAGAUUAUCAGAGAGAGAGGUCAAUGCGCUGUACUCAGAGCUGAUCCAAUACAGUUUCAGCCAUUUUCAGGCUUUCUAUACCAAUGUCGAUGCCAAAAUUGUCCCUGAAUAUGAAUGUAAUCGUUCCUGCCCUGCUUGCCCAAAGGUCACUGGUCAAGUGAUUGUUUGCAUAGAUGGGUGCUUUGGUUUGGUGAGAAGAAAGAAAGCUGGUACAAGUGCUGGUGGAACUACUCACCAUAAGACAUUUUUUCAAGAAGAUGAAUAUGUUAAGAACUUUGUGGAUGGGUACAGGAUUGAACAUGGUCAAGCAUCAAAGAACUGUAGCCAGUUCAAGGCAGGAACUCUGCUGAGAACCAAAAAAAAGGCAGAUGCUUUGGAUGUCAAGGGAGUGUUUGGGGCUGUUUGCCGGCAUGGCUUCCCUCUGGCCAUGCUUAAUAUGUUCCAGGGAGAGAGCCUGGCAUAUUCAGUUUGCAUGAUAGAGCAUUUAAAGGCAACUCUACCAGAAGGGAUAACAAUGCAUGUGGCUUACGACAUAGCUUGUCAGCUUACUGCACAUCUCAAGAAAACUGGGCAAGCUAAACUGCUAGAGGAGAUCAAACUUGUUCUACCAGCAUUUCAUGCAUAUGGUCACAAGGCAUCCUGUCAGAGGGAAUUCAAUGUCCGGAAUACAAAAGACAUGGGCCUUACAGAUGGUGAAGCAACAGAAAGACUCUGGGCAUAUUUGAGACGAUUCUCGGCAAUUACUAAAGAGAUGACUCCAAUAGGAAGACAAGACAAGUUGACAAGUGCCCUGCUGCACUUUGCUUAUCGAAAGCAAAGGCAAAUCGCUACAGGUCUGUGCACAGUAUUGAAGAGGGCAAAGGAAACUCAUGAGAAGUGUCAAAAGGAGUUCCUGGAUCUCGGCAUUGAAUAUGGGAUCACUGAGAAUGAUGUUGAGCAAUGGCUAGAGACCAGAGUAGCUGAGGAAAGACAGACACUCAACAUAAGCAACACUGAUCACAAAAAGUGGCAGCAUGGCUAUUGUGAGAAAGUUGCCCAUUAUGAGGAUACAAGAUGUGAUAUGGCGAAUGCCAAAACAGAUGAGGCUGCCCGAGACUUGAGGCAAGAACUAGCAAGAAUUGACACUCGGCUGUUGAAAAUGGAGAGGAAACAUGGUGUCCCAAAGCGAUGGACGACCAGUGAUUCAAUCUAUGUAGAGUUCAUCACAGAGGUCCAUAAUGAAGAAAGAAAGAGACUGCUAAUUGAGACAAGACGCCAGGCCAUGGACAAGAUAUACCUCGGAGAACUGAUGAGGAAAUAUGGUCGUGGACAAGCAAUUGCCAAUAGGCUCAAACGACAAAGUUGGAAGGUGAAUACCCAGAUGAAAGAGAAACUGAAAAAAUACAACCAGAAGUGGAAUAAGCGAGGCUUCUCCUUGUCAUUUGAGCAGGUAGCCCAACCAGACGAUGCUAUUUAUAAUCAGCACCUGCUUCCUGCCUGUGAGAAACCGGGAAUUCCAACAGUCGUGUUUGAGAGAGCGGAUUCUUUGCUGAAAAGAAUACAGCGGAGUUAUGAGGAGGUCAACCUGACAAAGCUGGAGAUGAAGCAUAUGAUCAUGUGGCAAGACCAGCAAGAACAGCUCCUCCUAGACAGGAUUGGAAACUUGUGUCUCACAGAUAAAUAUGACAUGGGUCUGUCAAUAAUCUUGUGGGGCAAGGUAAAGGAAAUUAGAGAAAGGACAUCUUCUUGCCGAGCACUGUUCAGUGAUUAUCUUUAACCCGUUUUUUUUAAUAGAAUAAGGAAAAUUGUUCCUUUAAAUAUUCUUCUUAAACUGCAUAAUAUAUUGACUAUUGAAAUAUAGUAUGGGGAGAUUGUGCAAAGACAUCACUCACUCACUUUUUUUUGUAUUGUAUUUUCUAAUUAUUCUAAUUUCCUCCUCGGUGUCCUGUGAAACAAAGUUUUAUUCCUCCCUGAACAUGCCGAAUUACCAUUGUUUUACAUUUUAUGGUUCAGUCAAGUUGGUUCUUAUUGUAACAUCAGUAAAAAUUUAAAUAUUGUAUAAUUCAAAAAAUGAAAAGCAAAAGAAAAUGGUGAGUAGGGGAAAUCAUUGGCUUUCUCAUUUGCAUAUUGUAGCCGAACCGACUUUCUCUCCUGAUGAGCUGGUUCGUUUCGGCUGCAUUUUCGGACCCAUGUCAUAUAUAUCUUUCAGACACAAGUUUCCGUCUUUUUCACUUCUGACUCUUUGCUCCUUCUCGGUAGCUUAGAUUAUAUCUCAUGGAUUUCAACAUCUCCGUCAUUCUGUAUCUCCAUUAUCUCAGUUAUUCCAGUAUUCAGUGUCUCCGUAAUUUCAGUAUUUUGGUAUCUCAGUAAUUUCAGUAUCCUCACUCAUCUCAGUAUCCUCAGUAAUCUCAGUAUUUUCAGUAUAUCGUCAAAUUCAGUAUUUUCCGUAUAUCAGUAAAGUCAGUGUUUUCACUCCUUCUCUAGUCAGUACUUCUGCUUUUCCGACCAUGUAUACUUGUAGCACCAUACAACAAAGCAGGAAGCAAAGCAUUCAGUUAUUAUAACUUUACUGAAAAAAUCAUGCUCAUCCUGUCGCAGCAGGUUCCAAUAAAAAUUAAACAGAGUUUCGUUCAGAAAUCUCUUACUGCCAAGCUUAUUGCUUGGCUCAUAAUCGAGCAUGAAGCUCGAUUAUGGUCAACGAUUGAGGAGGGAGAUUGUCAGGCUAUAAAAUUUAAUCUUUUAAAAACAGUUAGGAUCAUAAAAUAAAUAUUUUUCAACAACAGCAAUGGUAAUUAUCACUACUAUUCAUACGGGAACAGUGAAGAACAAUCAAAGAUAAAUAUCUAAAAUAAUCAUACAGCUGUAAACAUUGUUAUUUCUCAGUAAAUAGUGCUUAAAUACUUUUAAAGAAAAUACAUAAAUGAUUACAAACGAUUACUAAAUUUCCCUAUGCAACUAUAUACAUGGAUUAAAAAUUAUUCUACGCUCUUCACUGUUACGAAACCAUGCUGAACAUUAAACAAACCUUUCAUUUCAUUACAAUAUCACUCGGUUUUGCAUAUAACUGCUCUGCCAAAAAUAUGAUAUUCUUUGAAAUGUCAUAACUUUCUUAUUUUACAUCCGAUUUAGAUUAGAUUUUCAGCGUUGUCCUUGUUUGCAUUUUUCUCUAUUCAUUCAAAGUAUUGAUUUUCUGGGGUGGAGUUGACCUUUAACAAUUUUUGAUAAGCCACAGAUUGAAUUUUUUUUUUAUUACUUCAAAAAACAUACUUCCAAUUUUCAUAGAAAAUUGUUUUGUUUGUAUUAAAAAUUUAUGUAAAUUUGCAACCGGUCAAAUUUUUUCGAUUGAUAAAUGCUAUAUUGUAAUUUUUUAAGAACCAUAAUUAUGCCGGAACAAAGUUAUGGAACAAAAUGCCCCC